GAUACGAAACGGCUCCACUCUAACUAAAGAAACUGUAAGCAUUCCGAGUACAUCGACUUGACUCUAUGUAAAAGUUAACUUAUCCAGCAACUGGUUAGACAUCAUUUAAAUGAGAUGUCAUUUCAUUUUGUGCUGAAUUCAAGGUAAGUACGCCUUUGUUUCUGACGAAACAAGGUGAAAUGCUACAUGCUAAAUAAACACUAUUGUAACAAAAACAAAAACGAGCUAGCGGAAAAUGACAGAUCCUACUCCAAUAUUUCUAACAUGUUUUUUGCCACAAAAAGGCUCAGGUUAAGUACGUAGAAACCUGAAAAGAAUCAAAGUAUGACCCAUUAGUCUGGGAUGGAUUGGCGUCGUUUUGCACUGUGGAAAUUUUUAUGAGCAGAAGGAAACACACACCCCUAUGCCAUCAGCAGCACAGUCCUUUUCUUGCGUGUUCGAUUUUGGAGCCUCGAGAACAUGAAUCCGGGGUAUUAUAUUUGUUGAGCAUGCGCUGCUUGUUGUUAGGAAGCAGCCCUGCGCAGUCGCUUGGUACAGCGGGCUCAGUUAUGACUAUCGGUUUAUCGGCAAUAAACGGGAUCUUGUACUUAAAAAAAAAAACAGUUUGACGAGAGGAAACCAGAUUGACUAGUCUAGAGGUUUGGCUCUAAAAGACUUCAUAAGCUUGAAGCUAUUCAGGCACACAGGGGGUAUCCUUUUCUCCCCUCCGUCUAAGAAAAAGACAAAGGGACGCCUCUGCUCACAGGUUGCUUCACCAAUCAAGGCCCAACCUCGUCCCUAGGGUCUUCUUGUUUUUCAAUUUUGCGGUGGCAGGAAAGAGGUCUCUACGACACAGCAGAUCACGUGUUAAUAUUUUUUUUAUAAAGUUGAGCAUUUACUCACUGAACGAUAGACAUGUUUCUUUGAUCUCUGUAGCCAAUGGCUGGCAAUAUUUCUUGCUUUUUGUCCUUACGGAGGAACGACAAUUUUAAAACGGAAAUGUGGUGUUGAAGAGGCCGUAAAAAAGCGGCCGGACAAAGCAUCAGCUCCUUAUGUUCCUCAGUUUGAGAGGUUGUUGAUGAAAAACGCUAUUCAGAGGCACGAUUUGGACGCAUACAGUGACUUGGGAAACAGCAACAUCCAGUGUAAAGAGCAAUAUCUUGUGCCUAUUGCAUGGCACGUGAUCCAGAACUCAGAGGGAAGGGGUAACGUGUCAGACGUCCAGUUGGAGACUCAGAUACGUGUUCUAAACGGUAAGAAUUAACAUAAUGAUCACGACAUUGCGUUAUUUUUUUCUCGUUGAUAAGUUGUUGAAUUAUUCAAACAUUACUGAGAAACUAUUUUUCUAUCCUUAGAGGCUUUCUCAAAAACACCAUUUCGUUUUAAGACGGUGAGUUGUUCAAAUUUGUUGCAAAAUUUGAUGUGUUUUUACAAUUUAACACAGUCCUUUAAAACUUAAUGCGGAUAAAGGACAUUCCAACUGCUGUUUUUAUGAGAUAUUUCAAACUAAAGAGAGCAAGCGAGCAAACGUAUACCAACCCACGGUCUGGCCAGUAACUAACACAUGCGCAGCUAUGUCAACCAGUUAGUGGCAGCCAUGAUAUGACUGUGCGCAUGCAUGAGGUUUUGCGCAGGUCGUUCAUGGGUUGGUGUACGUAUGUCAAAUGUUCUCUUAUAAAGUUUGUCUGACUUAUAGGAUAUUUCGCCUUUUUCCUGACGUAACUGUAUGGGUUAUCAAACUGUUGACUUGACAAAUUGACUGACCACCCUGACGAUUUAAGUCUGGCUAAUCAUGAAUUUGAAUUUUCUCGGGAUUAUUUAUAGCAUUCAGUGGACAGGACAACCAAUGAUGUCUGGUUUAACAGGUGUAAAGAGGAGAGGUUUAAAAUGAGACCGGCUCUCGCCAUUUCUCCUGCAACAACCCUCAACGUUUACACCUGUCAGUUUCGUGGUCCUCUGUUAGGCGACUAUACGUUUCCUUGGUUUGAUCACGAGUCAGAUGUUAUCCAUGCUGUGGCAAUUCAUCAUGAAACUCUACCUAAUGGACGAAUGGCGACUUAUAACCUCGGGCAUAUCUUAGUGCAUCAGGUAAUUCAAUUCCCAACUACAUAAACUGCAGGGAGAAUGGGUACAAGCAUGUAGCCCAACGGUUUUGAGAUCGUUUAGUGGACAAGCGUAAUGUAUGAGAUUGGUCAAUGUUUAGCCUCCCACGCAAACAUCCUUAAGAACGCGUGACGGAGCCCCAAUAACUUCUGUGUAGGAGGAUAGGUAGAUGGUAUGCAAAACAAGGAAACUAUUUACCUACCAUUUUUUACAUUGUAGACCCGUACGAUCCCAGUAAUCAUUAUGCCAAGACGUUGUAUCCAUUCUCCCUGUAAGUUAUGGGGUGGCUUAUUCGGCAAUUACUUCGAUCACUGAAUAAAUUUUAUGAUAGACUGUUCUGAGACUAGAGAGAUAGGGAGGGUUGCAAGCCUUAAUUCAGAAAAAGUUAGUCUGAAAUGUUCAAUUUUCAUUUGUCUUUUUAAAUGUUUAUGUUUUUCUAGCCCUCCACUGACAUCCUUAAUCGUUUAUCUCGUUUUUUUCCUCUAUCAUGUAUUCACGUUCUGCACCGUUUAGGUAUUAACAAAUAAACAAUCAAUCAAUCAGUCAGAGACUUGACUUCAAAAAGGACAAUUUCACGAUGACUUCAUAUCACUACAACCACCAGUAUCGUCAUCAUGAAAAUGGCCUAUUUGACUGUUGAUAGCAAAAUUGCUAAUAUCUCCGGAGAAAAUAAAUCUAUCAAAAUUACUAGAAACACAUCAAUACAUAUAAAUAACGUAAAAAAUACAUUAAAGUCAAAUAAGACAAAAAUGAAAGCUGUGAAUAAAAUAAUUAAAACAUUGCAUGUAUGAACAUAUAAUUCCGAAAAUUAACAUUGCUCACAAAAGGCGGCAUUAACUAGUUUUGAUUGGUCGAGAUUAAUAUCCUGGGGCAGUCACAGUUUAUAUUAUCUACCCAAACGAUCAGAACGCGUCAUAAGUAGGCAUUUAAGAGUUUUACACCAAAUUUAUAAAAAGUUUUCAACUCAACUAUUUUACUAUUUCUAAUGAUAUUAAGCUUUAAUUUGACUUUGUGUGUUUUAAAAUGUUUAUUGCCUUGCCAGAUUGGUCAUUUCUUUGGGCUCUACGACGUCUGUGAGGUAUGUGUAUAAGAAGCCUCCUGGUGAGAGCUGAAAACAAACCCAGAAACAAAUAGAACAAUUGAAUCUCUAGACCUCAUCCCUCCGAACUCAACUACCCCAUUCCUCUAAAGCCAAACGAAGACUACUACUGUUGGUAAAUUCUCACAGCUCAGGUGCUCAUGAUAGGGGCAUUUUAUCUAGUCUUCUCCAAAAAUUUUCAAAAGGAUGAAUGUUUGCGAACAGGGCGCUAACUAAUAUCUGGCUAGAUUUCCAAACUUGUUAAAAAGAACCUCUUCCCCGCAAAGGUUUUAAAAUUGCAAGGACUUGGAGUGCUUUAUUUCUCCCACUAGGUGAGGGUUCGUUUAGCCCUGACUGGUUAAUUGGCAUAAAUGGCAGUAGUUUUUUUGCCGACUACAUUAUAUUUCAUUUCUUUUAUGCAGGGUGGGUGUGAUCGCGAGGAUGACGAAGUUGCAGACACUCCGCGCUGCAGACAUUAUACACACGUUUGCACUGACGAAAAAUUGGAUACUUGUAAGGCCCAGAGUGGCCUGGACCCAAUUAACAAUUACAUGAGCGGUGAGUAUUUGUAAUCUCAAAUCUUUAGGGUAGCACCGAAAUAGAAAAUGCUCUGUGACAGGAACUCCAGAAUGCUUAGCACGUGCUGAGUAACUAUUAAAACCAAAAAUUAGUGAAAACGCUUCAUAAGGUACCACCUAAUCCAUGAGUAACAAUAACAUUGCAUUUACCCUAAAUAACUGGUAGAUAAGUAGCGAAUAAAUUAUAAUAAUUUAACACUACUGAGCUGUCGUGAUCAACUCGUAAGUAUUAUAGCCAAAAACUUCAGUCACAAAUGACUUUCUUUCUAUUCCAAUUCGUUUGUUUAAUUCGUUUGUUUAUCAUCUUUUUUUUUUCCACAGACAUGGAAGAUAAUUGCACGAGGGAGUUCAGUCCUGGGCAGAUCGACAAAAUGCUGCGCGACGUCAAGCGGUAUAAGCCAACAUUGAUGGAAAAUAUCUACAGUAAGUGAAUGCUAAACAAAUAUGAGGACUGCAUGCACAACAGAGUGGGUAAGAGCAUAAAUCCCCUAUCGGCUUCACCCCUUACCAAUGUCACAAACAAGGUUGAACUCUAAUAGUAUUUCAAACUAUAGUUUGGUCAAAAAAGGAGCUAAUACUUCAUUAAUAAAAAAUCAUGCUCUCAAGAAAAAGCGAAAUUGAAACAACCCACUGUCAAAGAUGAAAUAAUUAACACCUUGUACACAUAACUGCAUAUCUUCCCUAUUUGUGUGUUCACUUACAUAACUUAUUUACUUUAAGUCAGUCUGCGGGUAAAAAAGAAGACGCAAAAGAAUGUUCAUACCUGAAAGGUCAUACUUACAUGCAAGAAAAUGUGUCCAUGACAAGCGUAUUUUAAUAAAACUGAAAAAGCAUGCAUAUGCAACACGAGUACAUCAAAGGGGAGCAAUGCGUGGCUUAGCAGGGUUCUCAAAAUGCGCGCGCCGACAACCGGCGAUAUCACCGGCUGCUUUAAGGUUUUUGCCGUCUGUAAAUUGUAGAAAAGAAGCAAAAAAAAUGGACCAUUAAAAAAUUUGUAAAAUAGAAAAAAAAAAAAAGAAGUUGUUUUAACAUUGACAUGCAUGUUCUUUUUUGUGAAGCAACUUCCCUCCCUAAGAAAGACAUAUCCCUACUGAUAUGUGUUCCCCUACCUGGGAAACACAUUUCCCUAGUAAUAUGCGUUCCCCUACCUGGGAAACACAUAUCCCUAGCGAUAUUUGUUCCCCCACCUGGGAAACACGUAUCCCUAGUGAUAUGUGUUCCCCUACCUGGGAAACACAUAUCCCUAGUGAUAUGUGUUUCCCCACUUGGGAAACACAUAUCCCUAGUGAUGUGUGUUCCCCCACCUGGGAAACACGUAUCCCUAGUGAUAUGUGUUCCUCUACCUGGGAAACACAUAUCCCUAGUGAUAUUUGUUCCCCCACCUGGGAAACACGUAUGCCUAGUGAUAUUUGUUUCCCUACCUGGGACACACAUAUCCCUAGUCCCUAACGAUAUGUGUUCCCCUACUUGGGAAACACAUCUCCCUAGUGAUAUGUGUUCUAUCACCUGGGAAACACAUAUCCCUAGUGAUAUUUGUUCCCCCACCUUGGAAACACGUAUCCCUAGUGAUAUGUAUUCCCCUACCUGGGAAACACAUAUCCCUAGUGAUAUGUGUUCCCUCAUUUGGGAAACACAUAUCCCUAGAGAUAAAUGUUCCCCCACCUGGAAAACACGUAUUCCUAGUGAUAUAUGUUCCCCUACCUGGGAAACACGUUUCCCUAGUGAUAUGUGUUCCCCUACCUGGGACACACAUAUCCCUAGUCCCUAACGAUAUGUUUUCCCCUACUUGGGAAACACAUCUCCCUAGUCCCUAGUGAUACGUGUUCCCCUACCUGGGAAACACAUAUCCCUAGUGAUAUGUGUUCCACCACCUGGGAAACACGUAUGCCUAGUGAUAUUUGUUUCCCUACCUGGGACACACAUAUCCCUAGUCCCUAACGAUAUGUGUUCCCCUACUUGGGAAACACAUCUCCCUAGUGAUAUGUGUUCUAUCACCUGGGAAACACAUAUCCCUAGUGAUAUAUGUUUCCCCACUUGGGAAACACAUAUCCCUAGUGAUGUGUGUUCCCCCACCUGGGAAACACGUAUCCCUAGUGAUAUGUGUUCCUCUACCUGGGAAACACAUAUCCCUAGUGAUAUUUGUUCCCCCACCUGGUAAACACGUAUCCCUAGUGAUAUUUGUUUCCCUACCUGGGACACACAUAUCCCUAGUCCCUAACGAUAUGUUUUCCCCUACUUGGGAAACACAUCUCCCUAGUCCCUAGUGAUACGUGUUCCCCUACCUGGGAAACACAUAUCCCUAGUGAUAUGUGUUCCCUUAUCUGGGAAACACAUAUCCCUAGUGAUAUGUGUUCCCCUACCUGGGAAACACAUAUCCCUAGUGAUAUGUGUUCCCCUAUCUGGGAAACACAUAUCCCUAGCGAUAUGUGUUCCCCCACCUGGAAAACACGUAUCCCUAGUGGUAUGUGUUCCCUACCUGGGCAUAUCCCUGGUGAUAUGUGUUCCAUCACCUGGGAAACCCAUAUCCUAGUGAUAUGCGUUCCCAUACCUGGGAAACACAUAUCCCUAGUGAUAUUUGUUCCCCCACCUGGGAAACACGUAUCCCUAGUGAUAUGUGUUCCCCUACCUGGGAAACAUAUGUCCCUAGUGAUAUGUGUUUCCCCACUUGGGAAACACAUAUCCCUAGCGAUGUGUGUUCCCCCACCUGGGAAACACGUAUCCCUAGUGAUAUGUGUUCCUCUACCUGGGAAACACAUAUCCCUAGUGAUAUUUGUUCCCUCACCUGGGAAACACGUAUCCCUAGUGAUAUUUGUUCCCCUACCUGGGAAACACAUUUCCCUAGUUCCUAGUGAUAUGUGUUCCCCACCUGGGAAACACAUAUCCCUAGUGAUAUGUUUUCCCCUACUUGGGAAACACAUAUCCCUAGCGAUAUGUGUUGCCCCACCUGGAAAACACGUAUCCCUAGUGAUAUGUGUUGCCCCACCUGGGAAACAUGUAUCCCUAGUAAUAUUUGUUCCCUUACCUGGGACACACAUAUCUCUAGUCCCUAGUGAUAUGUGUUUCCCUACCUGGGAAACACAUAUCCUUAGUGAUAUGCGUUCCCCAACUUCGGAAACACAUAUCGCUAGUGAUAUGUAUUACUCUUCCCGAGAAACACAUCCCAAGUGAUAUGUGUUUUUCAACCUGGGAAGCACAUAUUCAUUGUUAUAUGCGUUCCCCUACCUGCACAAGACAUAUCCAUAGUGAUUUCUUUUCCCUACCCGGGAAACACAUAUAUCCCUAGUGACAUGAGUUGUCCUACCUAUAGAAAUGUAAAACUGUAGGUGAUAACAUGCAUCUUUUCCUUUACAAGUAAAGGAUAAUUGGCUUAAUUUGUCAUCAUUUUCAUCUGCCGAUGUAUCAUUUGAGUACUGGAUAUUAAAACGUCCAAGAAACGUCCUUGGACACCUUUUUCUCAGUUUGUCGACUAGUUUCUGUCGGGGUAUACAGUGGAAGGCUUUUUCUAAUUUCGACGAAAUAUGAAAAGGGUAGAUUUUGGUGCCUUUGUGGUUUAGAUUUCACGUACUUGUCAAUAAGUUUUUUAAUGUAAAAAUGCUAUCAAAUGUGCCAUGCAUUUUUCUGAGUCCACCUCGUUCAGCUUCCAAAAUUCCUUUUUUAACCAUAUAUGUAGUCGUACAGUUGAUUGUUGAGGAUUUAUGUAAAGAGCUUGCCUAGCGCAGAGAGCAAAGUGAUACCUCGGUAAUUUUCGACUUUGGAUCGAUCAUCCUUCCUGUGAAUGGGUACAAUGGGGCCAAAACUCCAAAAAGCAGGGUAUUCGCCUGUAUCUAAGAUUCGAUUAAAUAAAUUUACUAAAUGCCCUUCAAUGGCUUCCUUUCCGGUUCUUAUUACUUCAUUUAAUAUAUCAUCGAUACCUGGAGAUUUGUUUGCCUUCAGUUUCUUAAUUGCAGCUUCGAACUCCUCAUCAGUUAUUGGAUAAUCAAUUGGGCCUUCUACUCUUUCGUUACUGUGGGUUUCCAUAUUCGUCUCCGGAUCUAGUAUAUUAUUGAGAGGGGUCGCAUUAAAUUCUGUUGCUUAAAGUAUUUAUAAAACUUUAAGUUCCGUACUCACUGCUUCAGCUCCAUGUGUUUUUCUUUUUCCUAAGUUAAAGAUUUUUCCUAUUUGUGGCCAGGUCUCUUUGGAUUUCUGCAUAUCGAUAUUAGACAUGCCUUUAAUUUGCUCAUAGACUCCCGUUUCUUCCGUCUACAAGUUUGUUUGAACCUCUUCUUUUUGCCUCGCAGUAGUUGUCUCAGUUCUGAAUUAUUAAUGUUAUGAGAAAUUUUCUCCCCAGGGAUUGGAAGUUUUCUUUUUCUGUUUUGCAGUUCUGAUCCAACCAUUUUAUUUGUGAUUUCCAUUUAAUUUUGCUGCCUCUUGCUUUACUCCAUCCGGCUUCUUUGCAAUUGCAUGUUUCCACCAAAGUUUCACUUAGUAAUUCAGACGCAGUAUCGAUGCUAUCAUGUUUGACAGCUGCUGCUAACCUAGAUUGAACUGUUUAUAUCAAUAGUGAUAUGUCUUCCACUACCGGCCCCGCCGGAAAACCGUGCCGGCACUUUCUCUUAUUCUCCUACUACUUAAAUCUUUUUGACAACUUUGCUUAGUGGUGAGAGCACUCGCCUCCCACCAAUGUGGCCCGGGUUCAAAUCCCGGCGUCGACGCCAUAUGUGGGUUGAGUUUGUUGUUGGUUCUCUCCUUUGGUCCGAGAGGUUUUUCUUCGGGUACUCCGGUUUUCCCCUCUCUUCAAAAACCAACACUUCCAAAUUCCUUUUCGAUCUGGAACGAACGCACACGUUUAAACGAGUUCAUAUGAACUCCUAAGUGCUACGUGGGUAAAAAAACAAUUUACAAUUUUUUUUACAAAGAAAUGUUUACAAACCAGCUAGCAAGAAUUUUUUUAAUUUAUGACUGCCAAAUCUCGCUGUUUAACUCAGGUUUUGUUCGGCACAGGUUUUUUAAUUGUUUUUUUUUAAUAAUUUUAGCUUCUUCAAGAAAACAUAAUCUUGUGUUUUUCGUAGGGCGGGUCAUUUGUACACACUGGAGUUUUUGGUUUCAUCACACUGGAGUUUUUGGUUUGAUCACUCUACGCUUCUAAUAAAUUAUGCGUUGUUGAUGUUACCUAAAAGGCGUUGGUGAGGUCAGCGCGUACUAUUCAUGCGGGCAAUUUUUAGGAUAGGUGGAAAUGAAAGUUAGCCAGGCCUACAAAUAAUUCAAAGCUGGCUAGCCCCUCAGGCCACAGUGCAGCUUCGUACGAACAUUCUGCAUGGCCCACCUUGAGGCAUUUGCAAAUAGUUGCUGUACAAUACCGGUGAUAUGGGGGAGGGGGUGAAAAAUGGGUGCCCUUAAAAUUUACUCAAUAAAUGUCAGCGCUCUCGCGCAAAAGCACAUGCGCCAAAAAAAAUCAUUUCACAGGGAACCAGACAGCAGUUUGUAAUAAGUUCAAUGUUUGCAUCUCAGUUUGUGAUUAUUUUCGCUUUUUCUUCAACUUCAUUUUAAAGGGCCUUGCAGAAUUGACGCUGCCUUUCGUUGGUCAAAUGGGUUUGUCUAUCUUUUCCUGGGGUCUAGAUACUACCGCUACAAUGAAACACGUCACGGAAUAGAUCCAGGCUACCCACGUCCAAUCAGGGAUCACUGGAAUGGAAUCCCUUCUUCAAUAGAUGGAGUCUUUCGCUAUGUAAAUGGAAUAACGUACUUUUUCAAGGGAAACCAGUAUUACAGGUUUAACGACUCGUCUUUGAGUGUGGACUCAGGAUAUCCACGGCCGAUAAGCAACUUCUGGCUGGGAGUGCCCGAUGAUAUUGAUGACGUCAUUGAGUAAGACUUUCCUGGAUCUACAACAAAUGGAUGUUGUUUCGUCUUUUGUCGCCACACAAAUGAAUGCUAUAUUUCUACUGAAGUAGAGCACACAUCUUUAACACCUUCCUAACCUAGAGUUUAAUCCCUCUCGCUUUUACUCCCUCUGCCUCAGUUAGAAUUCUCUCCAAGACUGACACUCGAAGCUCGGGAACAUAAAAUAUCCAACCGCAGUCCGACGUGACCUUCAUUAAGACUUAACAUAAUUAUCGUGACAUAACAUGGCAUCUCCACUAUAACAAAUAUUGUAAUGAUUAAAAGAAGAGUUUAACGGCAACAUUGUGCGUAACAUUGUCGCCAAUAUUGCCCCAGCGGUGUCCGACCUGAGAGAGUUUCGGACUUAACCUCAAAAACUCUUAUAGUAUUUUUAGCUCACUGCAGGAAUGACGAAAACCUGCCACAGUCCAACGACACAGAGAAAAAUGUUUUUGUUCAUUAAAUUUCAUUAUGCUCUAUUAUACAAGGUGUAAGAGCCAUAUUUCCUUCUCAUGAACAUGAAACACUUCUUUAUCCUUCAUUAAACUUAAAUAUGUUUUGUUUUUAUCGUAGCAACCAGGGGCCCGUUUCUCGAAAGUCCCGAUAAUUAACGGGCCCGGUAAGCUGUUGCCGUUUGCAUUAAAGAUCGAGGUUUCAAAAGUUUUGCAUCUAGCAUGAUAAAACCAUCACUUAGUGAAACAAAAUGGAGUAGUCUGCUAGCUGGGACCCGCGCUCUUAUUCUUUAUAUUUCGAUUUGAAUAUUUGAUUUCGGGCCUGAAAAGUUACCGGGACUUUCGAGAAACGGGCCCCAGGCCCCACUUGUUUUAUAAUGUGCUCUUCACUAAUACGCUGUUUCUCUCGCCCUUCUGUUUUUGUCCAGCUAUUCAAAUGGGUACACAUACUUCUUCAAAGGAACAAAAUACUACAGGUUUAAUCCAAACUGCCUAAGAGUGGACCCUGGGUAUCCACGUCAACUGAGCUCUUACUGGAACGGGUUCCCUAACGACAUAGAAAGUGCCUUAACCUGGUACAAUGGAGGCGUGUACGUGUUCAAGGAUACCCAGACUUGGUUCUUUUUACAUAGCUCUGACUCUAUAGGUAUCCUGUCCAGUUACCCGGAGUCUGUAACUAAGUGGUGGAACGAUGACCCCAACAUUUCUGGUUAUGCUGCAUUUAGGUACGUGUGUUUGAGAGUUGCGGUUACGAAUUAGUAGCGCUAGCUACUAAAUUAAAUUAGAUGGGCUGUCCUCGCACUUUUCCUUUUGAUUAGUGCAUUAGAGUUAUCGCCCCAUUUGAGGGAAUACGGAAAAGUUUUACAUGUGGAAUCCACAAUCCGGGAAUGAUCGAUCUUGCUUGUGGAAUCAUAUAUCCGGAAUACAGCUCAAGGAAUCUGGAAUCCCACUAACAAUCAGAAUCCAGAAUCCAGAAUCCAAGUUCCACUGACAAACACUGGAAUACUGUUACUGGAAUUCAGAAUCCAAGGCUGCCUAAGAUACCCCUACAUGGCGUGAGACUUACAAAGGGAUGGAAGAUACCUUCCUUUUUUCCCUCCAUUUAUUAUAAAUCUUCUGUCGAUUUGGUUUGUUAUUCUCCCUAGACACGUAAAUGGCUCCAUGUUUUUCUUCAAAGGAGACAAAUACUGGUCAUACAACGAACAGAUCAACCAAGUUAAUCCUGGAUAUCCUCGCACUCUGGCAGCCUGGGGAGGAGUGCCAGUAGAUGUGGACGCAGCGUUUGUUUGGACUGAUGGUUACGCUUACUUCUUUAAAGAUGACAUCUAUUUCCGGUACAAUAAUGCGACGCAGCGUGUACAAGAUGGAUAUCCACGCAAUAUAAGUUCGUUUUGGAAGGGAGUUCCUAAUAACGUGAGCGCAGUUUUCAGGUACAGUUGACCUUUGCGUGAAAUCUGAGGUUGCAAAAAGGUAUCUGCUUUUUUAGACUGUUCAAUUUGAAAAAGAAAAUUGUGAAUACAAGAAAAAACCGCGAAUAAGAACCUGUAAGGCUAAAAUUUGCCGUUUCGGCCCCCUCUAUACAAGAACCUGCAUAUUUAGCCUAAAAUUUGGAACAGGUUCUUUUUUUCUAAAAUCUGUAAUGAAAAAAAUCUGAACACUUGUAAGUCAACGUUCAAGAUGCUCUUUGGAGACAUAGUGCCUCAUCCGGCUACCAACUUCGUACUUCAGAAAAUAUGAAUCUACUAAGAACCUAAAUAUCCUAAAUUUUUUGCUGAUUGUCUUUUAUGAAAGAACCUGUUUAGGCUAAGGUUCUUACUCGCGGGCUUUUACUGUAAUUGUUUUUGCUAAAUGACGAAUCCUUUUUUACCAAGCUUUAUCGGUAAAGAUGACUGAAUAUUCGACUUCUCCUCCGUCUAGUCCAAAAUCCAGCCAUAAUGACCUCAAGCUUGGUCCGCAAUAAAGCACGUGUCUCUAUUGUGUUGGCAGGUACACUGAUGACAUCACAUAUUUCUUCAAAGACUCUUUUUACUACCGCUUCAAUGAUUCUCUCCAAGCGGUAGACCCAGGCUACCCCCAGCCAAUAACCUCGUUUUGGAAAGGCAUACCAGAUAACCUCGAUACGGUGUUCAAGUCGGGCAGUGGUCUCGUGUUUUUCUUUAAACAAAACCUCUUUUACCGUUUCAACCAGAUAGCAAGACAGGUCGAAGCGGGAUACCCAAAAUCCAUAGCAUUAUGGAAGGGAAUACUUUAUCAGCCAUAGAAAUAUAAGUACAAUGCUGUAAACAUAAUAAAGAUUCACAAACCGUG